CGUGGGCCCACUACUUUGAUUCUUAUUUUGGAUCAGAUCGGAUUGAUUGAUUAGUUGAUUUUGAUUAUCUCUCUCUCUCUCCUCUGUAGGAACAAGCCAAAAGCAAAGGAUAAAAAAAGAGAGAUGGAGUCUAGCAGAGGUCAAGGUGGGAUCCAGCAGUUGCUUGCUGCUGAACAAGAAGCUCAACACAUCGUCAAUGCUGCAAGGACCGCAAAGAUGGGAAGGCUGAAGCAAGCAAAGGAAGAGGCUGAGAAGGAGAUAGCUGAAUACAAAGCGAAAACAGAGCAAGACUUCCAGAGGAAACUUGAGGAGACAAGUGGAGACUCGGGUGCGAAUGUGAAGAGGCUGGAGCAAGAGACUGAUGAGAAGAUCGAGCAGCUCAAAAGCGAAGCAUCCAGGAUUUCCAACGAUGUUGUGGAGAUGCUCCUCAAACAUGUCACCACUGUCAAGAACUGAGAGAGAGAUUCCUGUAAUAAUAAUAAAAAAAAAUGUCAUUUAUGAGUGUUUAUGCUCCUCCUAUGUUUCUCCUUCUUUUUCAUUCACGCGUGUGGUGUUACUGGAUGGGGAUCUCAGUGGACUCAAUGUGUUGUUUUUGUAAUUUAUUCUCUACCAUCUUCUUCUGGUUGUUGUUGUGGUUGUAUUCAUCAUUUCCCUUUUGAGGGAGGAUUGUAAUAAAAAAACAAUUGAAAUCUAAGAUUUACAUAAUAAAUACCAUUAUUAUUA